AUGGACAUCACAGAUAAAUUUUUUUAAAUAGCUGGAACAUCUUCAUUAAAAUAGAGCAUUUAUGAAAAUGAGUCUGAUUAUUUUAAUAGUUAUACUUCAUAGAUAGUAAGCAAAUUAAACUAAUUUUAGUAUAGUAUGGUCAUUACAAUAAUCUAAUUUAUGGAUAUAUAAAAGGAUAAAUAUAUUGCAAAAUCAAAUCUAUAUGGACAUCCUUUUUCUGAAAAAGAGAGAGAUGAUUUUGAUCAUGAAGUUCAAACUAAAAUUAGUUUAUGUUCAGAAAAAAUAAAGGGUAUUUAAGAGAUGCUUAAAUUGACAAAAACAAAAACAGAAUAUGCUCAUAAAGAAAUAGUAUUAGGGUGUCUAAUUUGUGAAUUAAAUAAGGGUAUUCUUCUGUUUAAAGAAUUUAAAUUAUUUCGACAAAGACAAAAGGAAAGAAUCUCUUAGUUGACAAAAUUAAGUAAAGUGAAUUCAAAGAUUGAAGAUAAAAGAUCAUAAGGAUAAUCACAAGUUUCAGUUGAAUAAGAAAAUGAUCCUCUUUAUUUGGAGAAUUAACAAUUAUUAAAGAAAUAUGAUAAUGAAAUGAAAGAUAUUCUGAGUAUUCAAUAAUAAAUCAGAGAUAUUUCAUCAUCUUUAUAAAGAAUGCAAGAAAUUAUUGCUCAUUAAGAGAAAUUAACAGAAGAAAUAUUGAUUUAAGCAAAUGAAAGUUUAUCAAACAUUGAAAAAGCUAAUAAACAUUUAAUAAGUGCAACAAAAAUGAAUGAAUAAUUCGGUAAAAGAUGGGGAUUACUCUUUCUCUUAAUGGGAAUUAUAUUGUUAUUUUAUGAUUAUAUAAAUGCUUGA